AAACAGAAAAGAAAAAAGCUGGCAAUCGAAGAGAAGCAAAGAAACGAAACGAACGCGUCGCGACGCGACGAAGUUAUUUUGACGCAAAAAUAGUGGGGCAUCGCUCUAUUUCGGUCCGUUGAGCCAGGGCCGAUCAGUCUGCGGCCUGGCUUCCCAACCAGGAGGCCGUGGAUCCGCAUUUUCCAAUCGUCUAUUCCGCGCUACGAAAGAUUCGUCGUAUCUGAAUGAGAUAAGACAAAGAGUAGAUAGACAAAUUGAGUACUUGGAAUCGAAAGUCGAGAAAACAGAGCGGAUUUAGGGAGAGAGGAAAAAGAAAAAUUAAUCGUUCGGAAGAACCUCGAAGAAGAAUCUUGGUGAUGCAGUAAUACAAAAAGAAAUCAAAAAUAAGUAAAUAAUAAGAUAAAAGAAAGACACAGAAGAAAUAAAAGAAUAAAAAGAAGAAAAGGAUAGAGAGAGAGAGAGAGAGAGAGAGAGAGAGAGAAGUAAAAAAAGAAAAGAAAGAAAGUUAUUCACGUUGUGAAGCUCUAUACCUGUGAAGCUUGAUUUUGAGAACUUUGCAAAGAGAAGGGGAAAAAAAAUGUUUUGGUCCGAGCCCGACGAGGAGGAGGAGGCGCUUCUUUGCAGCCCGGCUUUAAUGGCCAGGAGAGCGUCCGAGUCCUGGAUCGUCGCGCCCCCUGUCGAGGCGAUGCCGGUCGCAGCAAUGACCCUUCAACGAAAAAAGUCACUGCCGGAUGUGGCCCAAGGUAUUCAAUUAACAGCAACAACACCAUUAUCGAGGGAAGAAGUUAGUGUUCUAAGUAGUAUGAGGAGAGAAGAAAUCCGUAGGCAGAUCGACGAGAGCGAAAGGCUCAGGGCCAAUCCUCUUCUCUACCUGGUCAGUCCUCAGGUCAAAGACUGGUUCUCCCGGCAACAGCUGGUAAUGCUGGUGCUCUUCAUCAACAUAUCCUUAGCCCUGAUGUUCUUCAAGUUGCUGACGUAGCAGCCAGCCAAUGAUCGGGUUCACGGACUCGUGGUAGACGUGACCUGAGACCUCAGGGUGUCUCGAGACGCCCUGGGUCGUCAAACGUGGCAUAAAUUUCUCGAGAGAAAGGAAAUAUCAAGAAAGGAUGGUAAGGUAUGAUGCCACACACCUGACCGUUGAAAACGGCUUUUUCGAACGACCGAGAAAGAGAAACGGAAAGACAGAAGCGAGAGAGGGAGAGAGAGAGAAGAAGAGAAAGGGAACGAGGAAGGAGAAUCCCAUAUUCGUGUCCUUGAAGAGGAACGGUUUUGUGAAAAAGUUCCAUUGUGGGACCUGCUUCAAACGGCGAAAGGAAGGAAAAACACACAAAAAAAAGAAAUAUAAGCAACAAAUUAAUGGAUGAUUUUGCGUUAUAUAAGAUUGUCGUCUAGAUGGUUUCAAACAAAAAAAAAAUAUGAAAAAAGAGAAAAAACAAUUUUACAGAAACGAAGAUAAAUAACGAUAAGAGAAACAAUUUCGGGAUUAUUAUUUUUAAACCCGAUGGAAAUUUUGAAGACGAGGUCCAGAUUUCAA